AUGACAAGUGAAGACGAUACAUUUAAUUUCAACUUUGACGAUGAUAUUUUCAGCGAAACUAAAGAAAAGCAACAAGUUGAGUUAUCAGCUAUAGAUUAUCAAGCAAAAGUUGAAACUGAUGGAUGGUUUCAUUCAGAGAAAUCUGUAGAAGAGCUAAUGUUGGAAACACAUGGUCCUAAUCAAUUAAAGAAUUCAAUUGAGCAUGAUUAUCUAUACAAGAAAUAUGAUAUAGCUUUGGACAAAUGUUUGGGAUACAUCAGAGUAGCUCGUACGAACGAUCAAUGUAAAGUUAGUGGGACAAAGGAACUAGUUGAGAUGGCUAUGCAUUGCGCUGCCAAAUUGAAUAAACUGGACAUUAUAAACGAAUUGUUGGAUGAGAAACAAUCUACAGUCGAUACCGGUCUAUUAUUGACUAGAGGGAAAUUCUUGCCUCUUGUAGGACGAUAUAAGGAAGCGAUGCAUACGUAUAUUGAAUAUCACAAGGAAAGAAAGCUAGAUUACAAAAUAUGGAAUGCUAUGGCCAACGUAUUCAUGCUAUCAGCAGAAAAUGACAGUGAGAAAAGACAAGACAUGCGAUAUCAUUUGGCGAACCUUUCCAUGAUUCGUGCUAUACAUAUUUAUACAAACUCAAGAUGGAGAAACAAGAUUGAUUUUGUAAAGGAUAGGUUUGAAAGAGAAUUAGAAUCAUUAGAAGCACGUUUGAAGACAACAAAAGAGCGUCGAGGCGAUGCAGAUAAGUUUGUAGAAUGGAUGUCGACUGAUGACAAAAACAGGACAUUGAAAUAG